AUGUGGUUCAAGAGUGGAGCACAAGCGAUCGGUCAAAAAAUGUUCAGGUGCAAAAAUGAUUUGCUCCUUGGCGCUUUGCUGUUGCUGCUGAUAGCCGCAAUCGGUGGCCAGGCUGAAACCGUUCCUUGUAAGCUUAAAGAUGCUCAAUAUGGCAAGGUAUGUGUUUGCACAGCGGAUUACUGCGACUAUCUGGAGAAUCCCACGCUGAGCCAGGAUGAUGAGUUCGCGCUGAUCUCUAGCAGCAAGCAGGGGCUUCGCUUUGAACUAAACAAGGGCAACUUUGGAGUUCAAGAAAUGUACACCAUAAAUGACUAUGAAGAGCCAGCUGCGGAAACCACGGCCAGCAAUGGCACAAUCCUAUCGCGGAUAGUGGAUCAGGCUUUAGCCACUAUAUUCUCGCAACCUGUCUCCCCGACCAGCAGCAUCACUCGCUCCGUCACGCUGAAGGUGGAUCGCAGCAAGCAAUACCAAAGAAUUGAAGGUUUCGGUGGCAGCUUCACGGGAGCUGUGUCCUACUUAUUGGAAAACUAUAAGGAGCAGGACAUUCAAGACCAUCUAUACAAGAGUUUCUAUGCCGCCGAGGGAUUGGGAUUCAAUUUAAUGCGCGUUGCAAUGGGCGGCUGCGAUUUUGAUUUGGAAGCCUGGUCCUAUAACGAGCAGCCCGAAAACGAAACUAUACUGACCGGCAUGGAUAAGCUAGACGAUCGUGAUGUUAUUCGCGUGGAGCAAAUCAAACGACUGAAGGAAGUGUCGGGCGUCGAAAAUCUGCGAAUCAAGGGAGCUGCCUGGAGUGCGCCACCAUGGAUGAAGACCAACAAUAGGUGGACUGGCUUCGGGCGCCUAAAACGCGAAUACUAUCAGACCUGGGCCGACUACCAUCUCAAGUGGGUGGAACUGAUGGAGAACAAUGGUCUGCCGAUUUGGGCCAUUUCCACUGGAAAUGAGCCAACAAAUGGAAUACUUUUCAUGGUUUUCGUCAAGUUUAUGAGCAUGGGCUGGACACCACAGACGCAAGCUGUAUGGGUGGACGACAAUUUGGGUCCCACAAUUCGUAACUCAAAGUACAAGGACCUAGUCAUAUUCAGUAACGAUGAUCAGCGAUAUACCAGUCCGCUUUGGUUCAAACAGAUGAACCGCACUCGCCCAGGUUCGCUCAAAUACAUUGACGGUGUAUCUUUGCACUGGUAUUGGGAUGAAAUAUUUGGUAGCAGCUUUGUCCAAGACACCAACGAGUUCAUGGCCAAUAAAAUACAGAUAAUAUCUGAGUCUUGUAUUGGCGACAAGCCCUGGCAAAAGGCAGCUCCUCUGUUGGGCAGUUGGGAGAGCGCAGAAAAGGUUGCACGCUCAUUUCUGUCCCAUCUGCAGGAUGGCUUCCAUGGCUGGAUAGACUGGAAUAUCAUUUUGAAUGAGGCGGGUGGUCCAAACUAUGUAAACAACACUGUUGACGCUCCAGUUAUUGCCAAUACGACAUCCUAUACUGAGUUCUACAAGCAACCCAUGUUCUAUAUCAUGGGUCAUUUCUCCAAGCUUGUGCCUGAGGGCUCCGUACUUAUCGAGGCGGUGGCCAGCAAUGUCAACCUCGAUUGUGUGGCCUUCAUACGACCUGACGAGAAGAUUGUCGCUGUCCUCUUCAAUAGUGGACGCGCCGACCUGGAUAUCAGUGUCGUGGAUACUGUGCGCGGAAACCUAAAAGUCAAUGUGCCCGCCAAGUCUAUACACACUUUACUCUACAACUAA